GCUCUCCUUUUUUGCGGAGCUGCAACAAAAUCUUAUUUAAUAAAGCAGCGACACAGUUCAAUGAACCAACAGCAUGUUAUGACAUUGGAAGCAUGUCUCCAGCAAGGAACCAUCUUGGGGUCGACAUAUUACUGUAAUGACCAGAGACAAGGCGCAUCUGAUUAUAAGGCAUGCCGUUAGCUUUUGAGAAAAUUUUAGGUGCAACUUAGAGUGCGGAAAACACUGUAAUCUUCCUUUCUUCUGUUUUUUUUUUUGUAGGUUAAGAUGCCAUCCAAUGGGAAUCAGCCUUUGACGCUUCAGUUUGGUCUGAUUAACCACGAAGGUCGCUACCUCACAGCUGAGAGAUUUGGCUACAAGGUGAACGCAUCAGCUCCAAGCAUGAAGAAGAAGCAGAUCUGGACUCUCGAGCAAGACUCCCAGGACACCCGGGUGGUGUACCUACGCAGCCACCUCAGACGCUACCUGGCCUCCGACAAGGACGGCAAGGUGACCUGCGAGGCAGAGGGCCGCCACUCGGACUGCCGCUUCCUCAUCGUGGCCCAGUCGGACGGUCGCUGGGCUCUUCAAUCCGAGCGGCACCUGCGCUUUUUCGGCGGCUCCAGGGACUACCUGUCCUGCUUUGCACAGGGCAUCGGCGACGGCGAGCUGUGGGCGGUGCACCUGGCUUUGCACCCGCAGGCCAACUUGUUGUCGGUGGCCCGCAAGCGCUACGCCCAUCUCUCCGCGGAAGACGGCGAGAUCUCUGUGGACAUGAACAUUCCCUGGGGGGUGGCCGCCAUCCUGACCCUCGUCUACCAGAACGGGAAGUACUGCCUGAAGACCUGCGACGGCCGCUUCCUCAGCAAUGAUGGGAAGCUCGUGCAGCAGAGCGGCAGGGGCACGACCUACACGCUGGAGCUCAAGUGUGGAAAGUUGGCUUUCAAGGACUGUGAGGGGAAGUACUUGUCGCCCAUGGGCCCCGCUGGCACCUUGAGGUCGGGCCGCUGCUCGAAAGCGGGAAAGGACGAAUUGUUCAACCUGGAGGAGAGCCACCCGCAAGUGGUUCUGAUGGCAGCCAAUGGGAAAUACGUUUCCAUAAGGCAAGGAGUAAGCCUCGCCGCCAACCAGGAAGAUGAAACGGAGAUGGAGACGUUUCAGAUGGAGAUGAACAAGGAGAACAACAAGUGCACCUUUCGCACCAGCCGGGGAAACUACUGGGCCCUGGUGGCCCACGGAGGCAUCCAGACGACAGCCACCCAAGUUUCAGCAAACAGCAUGUUUGCAAUGGAGUGGCUUGGUCACAAGAUGGCGCUAAAAGCAAACAAUGGCAAAUACAUCUGCACCAAGAAAAAUGGACAGUUACUGGCUGUCAGUGAGUCCGUUGGGGAGGACGAACAGCUCAGUCUGAAACUGGUCAACCGGCCCACGUUGAUCCUCCGAGGGGAGAACGGCUUCAUAUGCCACCACAAGAACUCCAACACUCUGGAUGCCAGCCGAUCUGUUUACGACAUUUUCAGCCUGCAAUUCAGCGACGGCGCCUACCACAUUAAAGGGGCGAACGGUCGCUUCUGGUACGUCAACAGCGGCGGUCUGGUGUGCUCGGACGGCGAAGUCCCCGAGGAUUUCAGCGUGGAGCUCCUGGAGCGCGGCCGCCUCGCCAUCCGCAGCAGCGGCGGCCGCUAUUUGCGCGGGGACCAGGGAGGCACGCUGAAAGCAGACGGACUCAGUCUGAGCAGCUCGGCUUUGUGGGAGUAUUAAUCAAAGGAGAAACAAAAACAAACAAAAAAAAAAACAUACCUGUGACCUCGCUGUUGGUUCUGUUGUCAAGGAGACGGCAGUGUCUAGAAAUGGAAGUUUUAGGCACAAGACGGAUUUUGCAAAGGGGCCCUUUAUGCUUUGAUUCCAAUUAUGUUGUGUUGAGUAGUAAUUCAAAUGGCCGCCUCACAUCAUGAUGGACUAUUUAGAUAUAAAGCCGAAGCAUUUUCUCUCUUUUUUUU